GUCACGCUCGUAUUCUACAGUGAUUAAACUGCAGCGAUGGCAAGAACCAAGCAGACCGCUCGUAAAUCCACCGGUGGCAAAGCCCCGAGGAAGCAGCUCGCUACUAAAGCCGCCCGGAAGAGCGCCCCAGCCACCGGCGGCGUCAAGAAGCCCCACCGUUACAGGCCCGGGACCGUGGCUCUCCGAGAGAUCCGCCGCUAUCAGAAGUCCACCGAGCUGCUGAUCCGCAAACUGCCUUUCCAGCGUCUGGUGCGAGAGAUCGCUCAGGAUUUCAAGACGGACCUGCGCUUCCAGAGCUCCGCUGUCAUGGCCCUGCAGGAGUCCAGCGAGGCUUAUCUGGUCGGUCUGUUCGAGGACACCAACCUGUGCGCCAUCCACGCCAAGAGAGUCACCAUCAUGCCCAAAGACAUCCAGCUGGCCCGCCGCAUCCGCGGAGAGCGCGCUUAAACCCGCCGCUGCCAAACACCCCAAAGGCUCUUUUAAGAGCCACCCACAUCACUCUCAAAUGAGACCGUUUCCACCAGAACUGGUUCUAAAUCAAUAUAACAUUAGUUAAAUUUUGUAUUAACUUGUUUUCUUCCUGCGCAUUAUUAAUCUCUAUUUGAAAUAACCUUAAGGAAUUACACACGUGCAAAAACAUUGAAAUACUGUGGUGGUAAUUAUGAUUCUUUCAAGAGAUUAGUUGACUUUUCAGUUCGUUCGCCAAAAUGAUUCGUUCAGUGAUCAAUGUCUUGGCAAAAUGACGACGACCUAUAACGUCCAUGUGCAAUGAAAGCCUUAUGUAAUUUAAGAUACAAUUCCAUAUACUUUCUAAGCUUGUGUGUAAUAAAGCGGUGUAA